CUUUCAACUCCUGCAAAAUGAGAGCUAGAGAAGCGCUGAGAGUUUAGCAGAGCCCCAGCUGAAUUACUUCUAAAUGUUGAACUUUUACUUCUAAUAUUUGGAACAUGGACGCGCAGAACAGCACCGCGGCGCGCGGGAUCGAGCCCAGGAUUCCCACCAUUCCCGCCAUCAUGUUCAUAUUCGGGGUCAUCAGUAACAUAAUCGCCAUCAUCGUGCUUUGCAAAUCGAGAAGAGAGCAGAAGGAGAGCACGUUCUACACGCUGGUCUGCGGUCUGGCGGUCACGGAUCUCCUCGGAACAGUCCUGGCCAGUCCGGUGACCAUCGCGACAUACGUGAAGGGCGCGUGGCCUGAUGGAGACCCGCUGUGCCAGUACUUCGGAUUCGUUUUGCUAUUCUUCUCCCUGGCGGGGUUGAGCAUAAUCUGCGCCAUGUCCAUCGAGAGAUACAUCGCGAUCAACCACGCGUAUUUCUACAACGAUUACGCGGAUAAGAAGCUCGCCGGGGUGACGCUUCUCGCCAUUUACGCGUCAAACAUCAUGUUCUGCGCGCUCCCGAGCGCGGGUUUCGGAGAGGUUAAGAUGCAGUAUCCUCAAACCUGGUGCUUUAUCGACUGGAGGACCAAUGUCAGCACGCAUGCCGCGUUCUCCUACAUGUACGCUGGGUUCAGCUCGCUCCUGAUCCUGGUCACGGUGAUCUGUAACGUGUUGGUGUGCGGCGCGCUCAUCCAGAUGCACCGGAGCUUCGUGCGGCGCACGUCUCUCGGCACUGACCCGUUCCGAGCGUCGGACCCCGGCAGGACCCGCAGCUUCGGCCGCCUGGCAGGCGCGGAGAUCCAGAUGGUGAUUCUCCUCAUCGCAACAUCUGCUGUCGUGCUCAUUUGCUCCAUCCCGCUCGUUGUGCAGGUGUUUCUCAACCAGCUUUAUAAGACGCCAGUGGAGAAAAGGCUGGACCGAAACCCAGAUCUGCUGGCGAUCCGCUUCGCCUCCACCAAUCCCAUCCUGGAUCCCUGGAUCUAUAUUCUCCUGCGUAAAGCCGUGCUCUCCAAGCUCAUCGAGAACAUCAAGUGUCUCUUCUGCUGGCUGGAGUCUCGGAGACGGCAGGGACAGGGGCUGGACGGAGCGCCCGUGUCCUCAGCCUCCAGAGACUCUCCGUUUGCUGUGUCUGGAGAACUGGAGGAGCUCGCUGAAGCCCCUGACACCUGUCAAUCAAACCUCUGUCUGUCCGAAGCGGCUUCUCAAUCCUCCGAUCGCAGCAGUUUAGACAGUCGCUCCAAAGAGCCCAGCUUACAGAUGACCAUAACCAACGAGACCCUCCUGGAGAAGAGCAUCUGAAACAGUGACGCUUUAACCUCCAAUAAUUCACUGAUUAUUUAUUUAUUUGAGCAGUUUAUCAGCUUUUAAUGUACUCUUUAAGUCUCUGUAAAUAAAGGUUUUCUUGUACAGUAAAGAACCAUUUUUGGUUCCCCAAAGAAACUUUCAGCGAUCGGAACCAUUUUUUCUUUGUAAGAAGAACGUUUAAAAAGUAUUAAAAACAUUUUUCCACUAUAAAGAAUCUUUUGUGGUUCUUCAUGGAACCAUCGAUGCAAACAAACAACCUUUUUUUCGUAAAACGUGAACCCUGUUCCGGAGCCUGCAUUUGCAGGAGUUUGGACAGUCCACAUGUGUUUGUUUUCCCAGAAGAGUUCAAAUCAGUCACAUCAAGAUCAACAAGUCGAGCCCUGCAGGAAAUAACCAAGUCGAGAUGUUUUCAUAAAAACCCUUUCCAGUUUCUCGGUGCGUCCUGCUUCCCAACCGCAGAUAAAUAAAUACGGUGUGUGUGUGUGUGCGGUUUGUUCUGGUGUGAGACGCUUCAUCACCUGAUCAUAAACUGAUCCCAGACAACAAACCUGUGCCAACGCUCAGUGUUCUCUACGCAUUCAAAACCAAAGGUUUAAAAUAAAAAAUUAUCGAAUGAAAUCAUUCCAUUUGAGCAGUUUGCAAACAUGUC